AUGUCUGGAGAGGCAGAAGUUUCUGACGUGGCAUCAGGAGUUCCCGAAUUCGUGAGCUUGCCGAAAGGCACCGCGGUCGCUCGGCGCGCAACGGUGCAUCCGUCCGGUAUCGCCCAGGAAUGCAGCACCACCUACCCAAUGCUCGAGUCCCAUUUGAAGAAGAGUGGAGCGGAGAGGGAUGGUCGUUCCUACUGCAUCUACUACUUCUUCACGCCUCUCCUCACCCGCAUGGAGCUCGGCAUUCCCUUCAAGCUCUCCUCGCCGGACAAUACAGUUCCUGAAGAUUCUGCAAACGGCAUCAUAGUGGUGAACCGUCCCGAUGUAGAGGCAGCAGCCAUGUGGCACAUAGGGCCGUACCAGAGACUGGGGGACACUUAUAAGGCUCUUUGUGAAUGGAUUCGCUCACAGGGGAAGUAUCCAGGCAGCCUCAUGUUUGAGGAAUACUGCACCAAUCCAAUGGAAGAGAAGGACCCUGCCAAAUAUAGAACUCGAGUGUACAUGUCCUUGUCUGAUAGCACCAUGGGAUCAUGUAGCAUUAUAUAA